AUGUCCAAUUUCUCACCUACACCGAGCAUUUCGCUGGACUAUUCACUAUUACACUCCACGCUAGCACCGCACUUUCUUGGCUUGAACUCCGUUUCCGAAGCGGAACCUUCAAAAGUCACCGACUUUGUCAAGUCUCACCAGGGUCAUACAGUCAUAACUCGCGUUUUAAUUGCAAAUAAUGGUAUUGCCGCCGUGAAGGAGAUAAGGUCAAUAAGGAAAUGGGCUUAUGAGACUUUUGGAGACGAAAGAACCAUCCAGUUUACUGUUAUGGCAACACCAGAAGAUUUGGAAGCAAAUGCAGAGUAUAUCAGAAUGGCAGACCAGUUUGUAGAGGUACCUGGUGGUACAAACAAUAAUAACUACGCCAAUGUUGACUUGAUUGUAGAAAUUGCCGAAAAUACAAACGUACAUGCUGUCUGGGCUGGCUGGGGUCAUGCGUCGGAAAAUCCAUUAUUACCAGAGAGAUUGGCCGCUUCUCCCAAGAAAAUCAUAUUUAUUGGACCUCCCGGUUCCGCAAUGAGAUCGUUGGGGGACAAAAUCUCAUCAACAAUUGUUGCUCAGCAUGCCCAAGUUCCUUGUAUUCCAUGGUCAGGUUCUGGAGUCAACGAAGUAUUCAUAGAUGACAAAACCCAUUUGGUCUCAGUUAGCGAUGAAGUUUAUGCCAAGGGAUGCUGCACAGGCCCAGAAGAUGGGUUAGAAAAGGCUCGCAAGAUUGGGUUCCCAGUAAUGAUUAAAGCCUCGGAAGGUGGUGGAGGUAAAGGUAUUAGAAAGGUUGAUAAUGAAGAAAAUUUUACGCAGUUGUACAACCAAGCUGCUAAUGAAAUACCCGGAUCGCCAAUUUUCAUUAUGAAGUUAGCAGGAGAUGCCAGACACUUGGAAGUUCAGUUAUUGGCUGAUCAGUACGGUACAAAUAUCUCUUUAUUCGGAAGAGAUUGCUCUGUCCAAAGAAGACAUCAAAAGAUUAUUGAGGAAGCACCCGUAACAAUUGCGAGAAAAGACACAUUUACCAAAAUGGAAAAUGCUGCUGUCAGACUAGGUAAGUUGGUAGGGUAUGUAAGUGCAGGUACUGUGGAAUAUUUGUAUUCGCAUUCAGAUGACAAGUUUUACUUUCUUGAAUUAAAUCCGAGAUUACAAGUGGAGCAUCCUACUACCGAGAUGGUUACAGGUGUCAAUUUACCUGCAGCUCAAUUGCAGAUUGCUAUGGGUAUUCCAAUGCAUAGAAUAAGAGAUAUCAGAACACUUUACGGAGCAGAUCCCCAUUCUGCAACAGAAAUUGAUUUUGAAUUCAGCACCGAAAAUUCAUUAGUUAGUCAAAGAAGACCAACACCAAAAGGUCACUGUACUGCUUGUCGUAUAACCUCAGAAGACCCAGGUGAAGGUUUCAAACCAAGUGGAGGUUCGUUACAUGAGUUAAACUUUAGAUCAUCAUCCAAUGUGUGGGGUUAUUUUUCAGUUGGUAAUCAAUCUUCCAUUCAUUCUUUUUCUGACUCUCAAUUUGGUCAUAUUUUUGCAUUUGGUGAGAACCGUCAAGCAUCAAGAAAACAUAUGGUUGUUGCAUUGAAAGAAUUGAGUAUUCGAGGAGAUUUUAGAACAACUGUUGAAUACUUGAUCAAGUUAUUAGAGACUCCAGACUUUGAAGAUAACAAGAUAACUACCGGUUGGUUAGAUGAGUUGAUUAGUAAAAAAUUAACUGCGGAAAGACCAGAUCCAAUUGUUGCUGUUGUUUGUGGUGCUAUAGCAAAAGCUCACAUGCAGGCGGAUGAAGAAAAGAAGGAAUAUAUUCAAUCACUUGAAAGAGGACAAGUGCCUCAUAAGGAUUUGCUAAGGACGAUUUUUCCCUUUGAGUUUAUAUACGAGGGUGAACGGUACAAGUUCACUGCAACAAAAUCUUCGGACGACAAGUACACCUUAUUUCUUAAUGGAUCUAGGUGCACAGUUGGUGCGCGACCUUUAUCUGAUGGUGGUUUGUUGUGUGCAUUGGGUGGUAAAUCACAUUCCGUAUAUUGGAAGGAAGAAGCUGCUGCAACAAGAUUGUCUGUUGAUGGAAAGACUUGCUUAUUAGAAGCCGAAAACGAUCCGACGCAAUUGCGUACUCCGUCACCUGGUAAAUUGGUAAAGUAUUUGGUUGAGAGUGGAGACCAUGUCAAUGCAGGUCAACCAUACGCGGAAGUGGAAGUCAUGAAAAUGUGCAUGCCUUUAAUUGCACAAGACGAUGGUGUUGUACAGUUGAUUAAGCAGCCGGGCUCUACAGUCAAUGCCGGUGAUAUGCUCGCUAUCUUGGCAUUGGAUGAUCCAAGUAAAGUCAAGCAUGCAAAACCUUUUGAGGGUACAUUACCUGAAAUGGGAGAACCAAAUGUGAGAGGAUCAAAACCAGCACACAAAUUCCUUCAUUACUCUUCGAUUUUGAAAAACAUCUUGGCCGGUUACGAUAACCAAGUCAUUAUGAAUUCUACAUUGAAAAAGAUUGUUGAAGUUUUGAAAAACAAAGAGUUGCCAUUUUCAGAGUGGAAGCAAUGUAUUUCCGCUUUGCAUUCUAGAUUGCCUGCAAAAUUGAACGAAUCGUUAACCUCCUUGAUUGAAAGAACACAAUCGAGAAACGCCGACUUUCCUGCGCGUCAAAUUAUUAAGCAAAUUAAUAAGUGUCUUGCUGAAGCAGCACACGACGGCAUUUUGGAAGAUAUGGUUGCUCCAUUACUCACUAUUGCUUCAAGAUAUCAAAACGGGUUAACUGAGCAUGAACACGAUUUCUUUGCAUCCUUACUAAAUGAAUAUUAUGAUGUAGAAUGCUUGUUUGGUGGUGAUAAAGUGAGAGAAGAUGACGUUGUAUUGCAGUUAAGAGACGAGAAUAAAGCAGACCUCAAGAAGGUGAUCAACAUAUGUUUGUCCCAUUCAAGAGUUUCAGCUAAGAACAACUUAAUUAUUGCUAUUUUAGAAGAGUACCAACCAUUGUUGCAAUCCAAUUCAGUUAGUGCCUUGUCUAUCAGAGAUUCUUUAAAGAAACUAGUUACUUUGGACUCGCGUUGCUGUUCAAAAGUAACUUUGAAAGCAAGAGAAAUUUUGAUCCAGUGCUCUCUCCCUUCAAUCAAGGAAAGAUCAGAUCAAUUGGAACACAUUUUGAGGUCUGCUGUUUUGGAAACUUCUUAUGGUGAAAUAUAUGCUAAUCAUAGGAAACCCAAAUUAGAGAUCAUUCAAGAGGUUGUUGACUCAAAGCAUACUGUGUUUGACGUGUUAUCCCAAUUCUUUGUCAAUAGCGAUGAAUGGGUUGCAAUUGCUGCAGCGGAAGUUUAUGUGAGACGGUCUUAUCGUGCUUACGAGUUGGGCAAAAUAGAUUAUCACUUCCACGACCGUUUACCUAUAAUUGAAUGGAAGUUUACUUUGUCAAACGUAUCUAGUUCCAGGUUCAAUACUAUCCUGCAGCCAGCAGUGGAAAAGGAUAGCACAGUCAUGAAGCAUGCUGCAUCCGUGUCGGACUUGUCAUUUGUCGUGGAUUCAAAGACAGAGCACAUGACAAGAACUGGUAUAUUAGUUCCUUGUAGGCAUCUUGACGAUGCUGAUGAAAUGGUGAGUGCUGCUUUGGAGAAAAUUGAACCGCGUGAUGCCAUUUCAUUUCAAGCUAGCCAACAGCAUCCCGAAUUGUUGAAUGUGUUGAAUGUUGUUAUCACUAGCACUGAUGGAUACGCAAGUGAAGAAGAGUACUUGGGAAGAGUUUACGAAAUAAUUGAAGAGUAUAGAGACGACUUGUUGAAUGCUGGAGUCCGUCGUAUUUCGUUUGUGUUUGCUAAUACAGUUGGUAUUUAUCCAAAAUACUAUACGUUUACCGGCCCCGGCUACUCUGAGAACAAAGUUAUUAGACACAUUGAGCCUGCCUUGGCCUUCCAGUUGGAAUUAGGAAGAUUAGCUAAUUUUGACAUCAAACCAAUCUUUACAAAUAACAGAAACAUUCAUGUUUACGAAGCCGUUGGUAAGAAUGCACCAUCCGAUAAGAGAUUUUUUACCAGAGGUAUUAUCAGAACAGGUGUAAUCAAGAAUGGUAUUAGUAUUUCUGAGUACUUGAUUGCUGAAUCAAAUAGGUUAAUGAAUGAUAUUUUGGACACUUUGGAAGUUAUUGACACGUCAAACUCAGACUUGAACCACAUUUUCAUCAAUUUUUCAAAUGUCUUCAACAUUCAACCGGCUGAGGUUGAAGCUGCGUUUGGAUCAUUCUUGGAAAGAUUUGGUAGAAGAUUGUGGAGAUUGAGGGUGACUGGAGCUGAAAUUAGGAUUGUGUGUGCCGAUCAUAACGGUGUUGCCUUCCCUCUCCGUGCUAUCAUUAACAACGUUUCCGGUUAUGUUGUCAAGUCUGAUCUUUAUAUGGAAGUGAAGAAUCCAAAGGGAGAUUGGAUAUUCAAGUCUAUUGGUAAGCCAGGUUCAAUGCAUUUGAGACCAAUUUCAACUAGCUACCCUGUAAAAGAGUCAUUACAACCAAAACGUUACAAGGCACACAAUAUGGGAACCACAUAUGUUUACGAUUUCCCUGAGUUAUUCCGUCAAGCUAAUCUUUCGCAGUGGAAGAAAUUUGGCAAAAAGGCACCAAAGGAUGCUUUUUCUACAUUGGAAUUGAUUGCAGACGAUAAUGGUGGAUUAACAGCUUUGCAGAGAGAGCCGGGUUCCAACAAAAUAGGUAUGGUUGGUUUUUUGGUCACGGCGAAGACCCCAGAGUACCCACGUGGACGUCAAUUUGUCAUUGUUGCUAAUGAUAUUACUCACAAGAUUGGUUCCUUUGGGCCCGAAGAAGAUAUUUAUUUCAACAAGUGUACAGAUUUGGCUAGAAAAUUAGGAGUACCAAGAAUUUACCUUUCAGCCAAUUCGGGAGCUAGAAUCGGUGUUGCCGAAGAAUUGAUUCCAUUGUUUCAAGUUGCAUGGAGAGAUGAAGGUUCACCAGGAAAGGGUUUCAGAUACUUGUAUUUGACACCUGCAGCCAAGAAAGCAAUUGAUGAAGAUGGCAAAGGGGACACAGUUGUUACUGAGAGAGUUGUUGAAGACGGGCAAGAGCGUUACAUUAUUAAGACUAUAAUUGGUGCUGAAGAUGGUUUGGGUGUCGAGUGCCUUAAAGGUUCAGGUUUAAUUGCAGGAGCUACUUCAAGAGCUUAUAAGGACAUUUUUACAAUCACCUUAGUCACAUGCAGAUCGGUUGGAAUUGGUGCAUACUUGGUAAGGCUUGGUCAAAGAGCAAUUCAAAUUGAGGGCCAACCCAUUAUUUUAACAGGAGCACCGGCCAUUAACAAAUUGUUAGGAAGAGAUGUUUAUUCAUCGAAUUUACAAUUGGGUGGUACUCAGAUCAUGUACAAGAAUGGUGUCUCGCACUUGACCGCUAGCGACGACUUGGAAGGUGUUGAAAAAAUUUUGGAGUGGCUUUCGUUUGUUCCAGCAAAACGUGGAAAGCCUGUGCCAAUUUUAGAUUCUGAAGAUCCAUGGGAUAGAGACGUAACUUAUUAUCCUCCCAAAAACGAGGCCUUUGACGUGCGUUGGAUGAUUGAAGGAAAACAAACAAGCGAAGGAGAAUUCGAGUCCGGGUUGUUUGAUAAGGGCUCGUUUCAGGAAACAUUGUCGGGAUGGGCCAGAGGUGUUGUAGUUGGUAGGGCCCGUCUUGGAGGAAUACCCAUUGGUGUGAUUGGAGUUGAAACUAGAACAGUUGAAAACAUGAUACCUGCCGACCCCGCCAACCCUGAUUCUACAGAGACAUUGAUUCAGGAAGCAGGUCAAGUUUGGUUUCCUAACUCGGCGUUUAAAACCGCCCAAGCAAUUAACGAUUUUAAUAAUGGUGAGCAAUUGCCAUUGAUAAUUUUGGCCAAUUGGAGAGGAUUUUCAGGUGGUCAAAGGGACAUGUAUAACGAGGUUUUGAAGUACGGUUCUUUUAUCGUUGAUGCGUUGGUUGAUUUCAAACAGCCAAUCUUUACGUACAUUCCUCCAAAUGGUGAGUUGAGAGGUGGUUCUUGGGUUGUGGUUGAUCCGACUAUCAAUGCCGAUAUGAUGGAAAUGUAUGCUGAUGUUGAUUCAAGGGCAGGUGUUUUGGAACCAGAGGGCAUGGUUGGUAUCAAAUACAGAAGAGAUAAGUUGUUGAGUACCAUGCAGAGAAUAGACCCAACAUAUGCCGAGCUCAAGAAGAAAUUGAAUGAUCCAGACUUAUCAUCCGACGAGCAUUCUACCAUCAGUUCCAAAUUGACAGCCAGAGAAAAACUAUUACUCCCAAUCUAUGCACAAGUAGCAGUACAAUUUGCUGACUUGCACGAUAGAUCUGGUCGUAUGUUGGCCAAAGGUGUGAUCAAAAAGGAGAUUGAAUGGGUUAAUGCUAGACGUUUCUUUUUCUGGAGAUUGCGUAGAAGAUUAAACGAAGAAUAUGUUUUGAAAUUAAUUGGAGAGCAGGUUAAACAUGCAAACAAAUUGGAGCAAGUAGCAAGACUCAAGAGUUGGAUGUCGACAGUAGACUAUGAUGACGAUCAAGCUGUGAGCACUUGGAUUGAAGAUCAUCAUCCAAAGUUGUCCAAAAAACUCGAUGAAUUAGCAGUAGAGUCUUCACGCUCUGAAUUGAUGAAAUCAAUGACUUCCAACCCUAAGGCUGCUUUUUCUGCUAUGAAAGAGUUUAUCGAAGGACUUCCCGAAGAGUCUAGGGCUGAGUUUCUCAAAUCACUCUAA